AUGAUGAACUCUGGGAUUGGCAAUGGUGUGCAUGGCACCAUUGCGGGUGGCAUUACCAUUGGUGGUACACAUAUAAACCAUGGAAUAAUGGAGGAUGACAUGAGCGACAAUCCUUCAUCACCAGAAAGUACCUUUGAUGCCUCUGAUUUGAUGCACAGCUCCAUAACUGAUGAGGUUACAGCACAGUUGGCUGCUGCGGGUCCUGUUGGAAUCGCAGCGGCAGCAGCAAUUGCUACAGGCAAGAAGAAGGGCCACCCUCAUCAGUUUGAGACUAACCCGUCCCGGAGAAAACGUCAGCAGACAAGACUUCUCAGAAAACUGAAAAACACCAUUGAGGAAUACACAACAAGAGUUGGACAGCAGGCUGUGGUCUUGUGCUGUACCCCGGGCAGAACACCGGGUACUCUCAGCUCUCUCUACAAGGUUUUUGGAUCACAGCCUUUGGAAAAUGUGAUACGGACAUGCCGGCCUGUGGUCACCACGGAACUGGAGAACGCCUUGCAGGAGCAAGCAGCCCAUAAUCAGGGGGACACAGCUCACCUACAUGAGCUGCCUCCACUUGUUAUUGAUGGCAUUCCAACACCAAUUGAUAAAAUGACUCAGGCCCAGCUACGUAAUUUUAUCCCAGAAAUGCUGAAGUAUUCAACGUGUCGCAGCAAGCCUGGCUGGGGAAAACCAGAGUGUCGGCCCAUGUGGUGGCCUCAUGAUCUCCCUUGGGCUAAUGUCAGGAGUGAUGCCCGCACCGAUGAGGAGAAGAAAAGGGUGUCAUGGACAGAAGCAUUGAGAACUAUCGUGAAGGAAUGCUACAAGCAUCAUGGCCGAGAAGACCUCCUGCAUGUAUUCAGUGAUGAGGUUUCAGCACCCUCAGUGCAGACCAGCACUCAGUUUACCGGCACCAUGCUGCAGACGAUCAACAAUCCUGACGGGACUGUGUCCAUCAUUCACAUCGAUACAGGUCCCGGAAACUCUGUGGUCACCUUGCCGGAUGGGACACAGGCCACUGUUGUGCACGCGGUCAGCGGUGCGCAUCACGUCAGCAUGACAGAAGCCAACCAGGCAGUGCAGACGCUGGCUGAAGUAGCGGCCAACCAGCAAGAGGUGACCACUGUAUCCCAAGUGAACCAUCCCGUGAGUGUGGAGAUGGCAGAUGGCCAGACCAUGCAGACUUUUACGACUGCUACGUUUGGUCAGAAUGGUCAGAUUAUUUUGUCUGGAGAUGGAAGUCUGGGAAGUUUGCAAGGUAUUGUGACCAUUCCAGCCUCCAUGUACCAGCAGAUGACAGGUUUAGCAUUACCUGAGGCAGCUCAAGCCACAAUACAACAGGUUGCGAUGGCACAGGUAGGAAAUGUCAAGACAGAAAUCACUGAAGUGCUACAUGGAGUUGAAGUGUCCAGUGAACAGCACGGAGUGGGCCAACAGCAGCUAUCAUGA